CUACUCACAGGUCACUGUCUCACUCACUUGAAGCUCUAACAGCAAGCCAUGGCAGGACGAGAAGCGGACAAAGACCCAGAGCUGAAGGUGCUCGGCGUGUGGUCGAGCCCGUUCGUUAUCAGGGCCCGCGUCGCGCUAAACCUCAAGGGCCUCGCCUACCGAUACGUGGAGGACAACCUGGACAGCAAGAGCGAGCUCCUCCUCGCCUCCAACCACGUGCACGGGAAGGUGCCGGUGCUCCUCCACGACGGCAGGCCCGUCUGCGAGUCCCGGGUCAUCGUGGAGUAUAUCGACGAGGCCUUCCCGGCCAGCGGCCCCUGCCUCCUCCCCGCCGACCCGUACCGCCGCGCGGUCGACCGCUUCUGGGCCUCCUACGUCGACGACAAGCUCUUUCCCACCUGGAUACCCGUCUACAACGGCAGGACGAGCGAGGACAGGGUCGCGGCGGCGAGGCAGGUAGUGGCCGUGCUGGAGAAGUUUGAGCGGGCGUUCGAUGAGUGCUCCGGAGGCAAGGCGUUCUUCGGCGGGGACGCUGCUGGCCUCGUGGACGUCGUGCUAGGCGGCUUCCUCGGGUGGCUGCGCGCGUCUGAGGUGAUGUGUGGCGUGAGGGUCAUCGACCCCGCCAAGACGCCGCUGCUGGCGGCGUGGGCGGACCGGUUCGCCGCGCUCGACGGCGUCAGGGAGGUGAUACCUGACGUGCAGAGGCUGCUGGAGUAUAACAAGAUUAGGCGAGCUCGUCGUGGGCUGCCGUAGGUGCUGGGCCUUGGGCCAUCUAUCUGCCAGCAUGUGGUCAGUCAACUCUAAGCAGGAGACUUUGACAAGGUUAAAGUUUAGUUCAUGAAGGUGGGCAAUCUAAUUAGGAUGCUCAUGCUUUAGCUAGGAGUGCCAUUAGUUUUCCUGUUGAAAGGCAUGUUUGGUUCCUCUUUCCUACUGAAAGAGUUUGUAAUAUCUUUACUACUAUUAAGAAGGUAAGGGGUAUGCUGCCAU